AUGUGGACAGAGGAGCGGUGCGUGGGGGCGAAGGGUGGUGCUGACGUCUGGACGGCCGAGGACAGCAACUGCCGGCGAUCAGAGGUUGCAGACACGCAGGGCUGGUACAGUGUCCAGGAGCUGCCAGCCGUGCACGACACGUCUGCGGGGGACGAGAUCGAUCAAACACCCCCUGUCGGGCUGGUGCUUGGGGGGUCUCGAGACGGGUGGGAGUAUCCGAGCUUGGUGCUCAUAUCGGGCAGCAGCAAGCACAGUCGGCCGCUGGCUGUGGGGGCGGCGGGGGAUUGGCCCCUGACUCUGUGUGUGCGGGCUUGCAGCGCAGGCCAUUAUUGUGGGCCACCACCACCGCCAUCGUCCUGCGAGGUACCGGGCCGCACGCCUGGCCAAGGAACCAGGCCUCCUCCUGGCCAGGAGGGUCAGUGUCAGUGUGCCAGGUGCCAGGCUCUCGGCGGGCUCGACUGUGUCAGGCCGCGUCGGCUACAGCCACAGCACCAAGCUUCGGCGCGGGCUAGCCUAGCGCUCGAGUCGGGAAGAUCCACUGCCGGUGGGGGCGACAAGCCAGGGCGCGACAUUACACCUCCACCACCUCAAUUGGAGCUGGAGCAACCCCUGCCGCCGAGGAGCUCUGGUUGA